AAUACCAUCUCCCUGCCCCCAACAAGCCACCCAGGCCAUGCAGCACCCAAGUUCCCCUUUGGCAUUGCCCAGGCCCACACUCACCCAGCAGCUUCCUGUUGCUCUCACUUGGCCACACCGCACGUUUGAGACAUUUCUUUGCCGAGCACUGGGACUAGAACCCAGACUCAAUGCUGCCUCUGCUGCUGCUGCUACUGUCCCUGCUGUGUGGGGGGUCCCUGCAGCAGGACCCAGGCUACAAGCUGCAGGUGCAGGAGUCGGUGACAGUGCAGGAGGGCCUGUGUGUCCUCGUGCCCUGCUCCUUCUCCUACCCUGAGACCAGGACUUACUGGACAAACCCUGGCCGGACAUUUAUCUUCUGGUUCCGAGACGGGGACAAUACCGACUAUAAUGCUCCUGUGGCCACCAACAAGCCAGAUUGGCCAGUGAUUUCUGAGAAGAAGGGCCGGUUCCACGUCCCCAGCGACCUCAGCACCAACAACUGUUCUCUGAGAAUCACAGACGCCAGGAGGGAAGACACAGGAACGUACUUCUUGCGAGUGGAGAAGGGAAGCGAGGUCAAAUACAACUACAUUCAGAAGAAGCUGUCUGUGGAGGUGACAGCCCUGACAGAGAAGCCCCACAUCCAGCUUCCGGCACCCCUGCAGUCUGGCCACACCACAGAGCUGCACUGCAGCCUGCCAGGGCACUGCCCGAAGGGGAGAUCUCUCCGCUUCUUCUGGAAGGGCAGUGCCCUUGACUCUCAGAUUCCCUGGAGGGUCAGGUCCUCAUUGUCCCUCACACCGAGGCCCCAGGACCACGGCACCAACCUCACCUGUCGGGUGCAGUACGCGAGCGGUCAGGUGACCACGGAGAGAACCGUGCAGCUCCAUGUCUCCUAUCCUCCUCAGAACCUCAGCGUCAGCGUCUUCUUUCACGACAGCACAGCCUCCAGCAUGCUGCCUACCGGCUCCUCCCUCACCGUCCCGGUGGGCUGGGCUCUGCGCCUGCGCUGCUCAGCACUCAGCAACCCUCCUGCCAACCUGAGCUGGGUGCGGGGACCCCCAGACCUGCAGGCCACCCCUGUCUCCUUCACCGACAUCCUGGAGCUGCUACAGGUGCAGCCAGAGCACGGAGGGCAGGUCUCCUGCAUAGCCCAGAACUCGCUGGGCUCCCGGCACCUUUCCGUGAACCUCUCUGUUCAGGCCCCUCUACAGCUGCUGGGCCCCUUCUGCUCCUGGGAGGCUUGGGGUCUGCACUGCCACUGCUCCUCCCAGGCCCAGCAGGCCCCGUCCCUGCGCUGGCGACUCGAGGAGCGGCUGCUGGAGGGGAACAGCAGUGGGAACAGCAGUGUUGCCCCCCUCACGGUCACGUCCAGCUCUGCUGGGCCCUGGGCCAACAGCUCCCUGAGCCUCCGCGGGGACUUCCGCCCUGGCCUCAGGCUCAGCUGUGAGGCCCAAGACACCUAUGGGAGCCGGAGAGUGCAUGUCCUGCUGCUACCACCACCAGGACAAGGAGCAUCCCAGCCAGGUGUGGUCCUCGCGGCCCUCAUGGGAGCCGGAGCCGCGGCCAUCACCUUCCUGUGCCUGUCCCUCCUCUUCUUUGCCAUAGUGAAGUUAUACAGAAAGCAAUCAACCGGCCCGUGGCAGCACACAGAAGAUGAAGACCCUGUCAUGGCUUCAGUCACCUUGGAUUCCAGGCUGGUAGCCCCCAAGCCAGACAGCCCACAAGGCCAGCCUUCUGCUGGGGAUCCUUCUCUCCCACGGGAACAGCAGGAGCUCCACUACGCCUCCCUCAGCUUCCACAGGGCGAAGCCACGAGAGCCUCAGGACCAGGAGGCCACGAGCACCACAGAAUACGCAGAGAUCAAGACAACUUGCUGUGACCACUCAAGAACGGAGCAUACAGAAGCCAGCUGAUGGAGGUCCUACCACAUAGCAUGCUCUCCAUGCGUCCCUGAAGAGGAGGCCCCCGUCGGCGAGCUCUCCCAUAACCACCACGCACAGGAAAGCUGUCACAACAUGCAGGCACCACCCCCCAUUCUCGGCGCUGUGUGAACCCUCCCAGGGAAA